AGAGAGGAAACAUGACAGAUGCCACUACAUCAGCAGCCUUUGCUUAAAUAUUGAACUGCCUGGAAAAGCAGAAGAAAAAAAUUGUAAAUAAUUACUUUUCUGCAUAAACUGAAGUAACAGAACUGCAGAAGAGAUGGGCUGGAUUGUGAAUUUAUGGACAAUUCUUGCUUUUUCUAACCACUUCGUUUGGACAAAUGAAACCCAAUCAAAUACUUCACUCGCCUUCAGUGUGACACCAAGCUCUUCAGCUUCAACAAAAUCACUGGAUUAUUUUGAUGAAGAGAAGUUCGUCAGCAUUAAGCUGGGUGAGGAGAUUAAUCUGAGCUGCACAAAUCGAACAUGGAGCACAAUGCUGUUUGAUACCUGGGAGUUAAAGCACACGGACGAAAUGAAGUGCAGAAUUGCAAACAGCAGUAGCGAUCCUGCUGUCAAUACUUGUAAUGAUGGAAGAAUACUUAUCAAUACAACUGAAGGAAGAUCACAGCUGCACAUACCCUCGUUUAAAUAUACAUAUGAAGGGAUUUACAAAUGUCAGACAGCUUUCCAACAUGGGAGCCACAAAAUAUUGUUUAAUGUAUCUGUCAUAGUUCAACCAGAGAUAAGUGGAAGAAUUGAAUAUUCGCCCAAUGACAAUCACAGCGUGGCUGUGUGUGAAGCUUCCAGUGGGAAACCAAAAGCAAGCAUAUCAUGGACAUCAGAUGAAAAUGUAACUGACAAGAUAACUUACAAUCAAAAUCGUACCUUUACAGUGGAAAGCAGGCUUAUCAUACCUUACAAUACAUCUAUGGAAAGUGUCACCUGCAUAGUCAGUCAUCCAUAUUGGAAUGAAUCACAAACUUACACUAUUUCACUCAAAGGCACAGCGCCUUUCAUAGUGGACCACCAUCACAAAGCGCUUUACAGAGCUCAACAUCCAGUGAAUCUAAUCUAUUGGAUUGUCAUUCCCGCCUGUUUACUUUGUGUUCUGUUGACUAUUUUUGUAACCUAUUUUGUUUGCAUAAAAAAGCACCUAGCUGACCUCAGCAGAAAUUGUUGCAAGUCAACCAUCCCUGUAGCAACUGCACCAACCAAAACUCAGCAGGAUGUGGAAGAAGUUGAACCCUAUGCAAGCUAUGUAGAAAGGGUGAACUCCAUCUACAACUCAUCAGCAGAGCUGUGUAACGUGUAGACAUACUGACACCAUGUGGCUGAAUAACCAACUCCACGUACUGUAAGAAGAAAAGAGUUUGCCUGGAAGUCAAAGUGAGGAAAUGGAUUGUGAAAAACGAAUCACUGAACUGAUUUGAAUCUUCACUUGCACCAAGAUUUUGCAUUCAUUUUACACUAUAAACCUGGUUCUGCAGCAGCCCGUUCCGAAGUGGCUUCCUUUUUUGUUUUACUUGUGAAACGUCGAUACGCCAGGACCCUAUGGCCAGGAAUAUAUACUUUCCUAUAACUCAGUCAGGAGUGAGAACAUGGUCAAUGUUUCUGUAUCAGGAAUUCAUGUUAAACUUGGAGUGCAAUUGAGCCUUUACUUGUAGAGUUCAUGACUUUACAGUUUUAAGAGCUUUCACCUUUGUGUGUAAACGUAUAUGUCAGGUACUUAUAUAUAUAACAUAUUGUGUGUAUUUAAAUGUAUCAAUUAAUACUCCGUAUAAAAUGACAUUUUUGAUUAGCUUGCCUGUGAAAUAAUGUGCCUUAUUGUAAGCACUGAAUGAUUGUUAUAUAGCAAAGUUACAUGCAUUCAUGUGUGCUAGAAUUUACAACUUGAUGGAUGGCAGCAAAUCCUGGGCUAAUAGUGUAGUUUUUGCAUUUGACAAAUGUAUUGUCAUUCUGUAAUGAGUUUGUUGUGUUACAAACUCUGAAGGAUAAAGCAUUUUAACCACCCAGGUAUUGGUUCUUUACACUCAGUUGUUUUAUAUGCACAGCAACCAGCAAUAAUACAGUUGUCAUUUUAGUCACUUUUGUUCAGACUAUUACGAUCAUUCCUCGACGCCUUACUCAGGCACAGUCAAUUGUGGAAGUACUGCCCCACCUAAUAAACAACUUUUUUGUAUUCAAUCCUUUAUUAAUGAAAGUGUUUAUAUAAAAAAUAUUAUUUAUUGUACACCUUCCUGCCCAAAUUGAGUGAGCCUGUAAUUCUUUAUGUAUUUUUGAACUAUUUUGAGUUAUACUUUAGCCUUGACAAUAAUGGUCAACAAAAAAGAGUGGAGAGUGGGAAAAUCAGGAUGCCGUUCAUUAAAAUGUCUACCAAGAUUACCACUGUUGUAUUUUUUGUGCUACUAAAUAACAGUGAGCAAAUGUAUCUAAUUGAAUAACAAUCUUAUUAAAUCUGCACUGUACUAAAAUAUGAGGCAUUAAAGUGCAUAUAAAGCUGCCCAUUAGCCGCCUGUGAAUUUCAAAAGAUUACUUUUUUGUUCUGUGUCACUGAGCCGUUUGUUACAGCAGCGUUUUUAAUUUUUUUACAUAGAUUGCAUAAUCUUUACAUGCAAAGCUAACACAUUGCGUUCUGAGCCCUUUAAAGCUCA